CCUUAGUUUCAUCCGGGCAAGUAAUAUGGCUGCCUCCAUAUGUGGUUGACGUUGGCACAACUGUCAUCGACCGAAGUGACUGACAGAGAUUGAUUUAUUCAUAACUCAGGUUUAAGAUGUAUACAUUACUGUCGGGUCUGUGGAAAUACAUGUUUCAAAAAGAUGAAUAUAAUGUUUCAAUUUUGGGACUUGACAAUGCAGGAAAAAGUACAUACUUGGAGCAAACAAAGACAAAGUUCACCAAAAAUUACAAAGGACUGUCUUUGUCUAAAAUCACAACAACAGUGGGUCUCAAUAUUGGAAAAAUCGAUAUUGGUCAUGUUCGUCUGAACUUCUGGGACUUGGGUGGACAAGAGGAGUUACAGUCAUUGUGGGAUAAGUACUAUGCAGAGUCACAUGCUGUAAUCUAUAUUAUUGACUCCUCCGACCUUGAAAGAAUUGAUGAAUCUAAAGAAGCCUUCGAUAAAAUGGUGAUCAACGAUGCCCUAAAAGAAGUGCCAAUACUUGUUCUGGCAAAUAAGCAGGAUUUGGAAGGCUGUAUGCGGGUGAUAGAGGUGAAAAAAGUGUUCAACACAAGUGCUCCGCUCAUUGGUCACAGAGACUGUAAAAUGCUGGGCACAUCGGCCCUCAAAGGUGAUGGAGUACAUGAAGGUAUUGAGUGGCUGACCGAUUGUAUCAAAAGGAACUCUAUGAACAGGCCUCCGCUUCAAAGAGAUAUAACUUGAUCACAUUGUUUUAACACAAUGUCAUGACAGCAUGUACAGACAUCAGCCAUAUAGGUCACUACUCCCACAAAAUCGCUGUGAUCAUGUGAGCGAAUUGACUAACAGGAAAUGAGGCAAACAUGAUGGAGCCUUCCUGGUUUCAAUGUCUCGCAAGGAAUUUAUCAAGUUUCACGAUUCAUUUAGAGGUGGGAUGAGUCGUAUCAUAAAGCUUGGGUUGUUUAUUUAUUUGUACUAUAGUGUAUUCUGGUGCUAUUUGUACAGUUUUUUGAAGCUUUGAACGAAAGGGGAGAUAACUGCGGCUGAAUCAAGUCUCGUGUGUCACUCUUCUGUCUUUAUUUAUAGACAAAUCUUGAUGAAACAUAAGGCAUGUACAAAUUAAACUCAACAAUUUUGAAUUUCAGAAUUGUAUAUUAUUUUUUAAGCAUAAUUUUUGCUUAUUGUUCAUUUUUUCAUACAAAAGUUUUCCACAAAAGGACAAAUGUAAAAUUGAAUCAAGAUUAUUGUAACAGAUAACUUAAGUAGAACUGAUUUCUAUUGUCAAAUUUACAUUAAAGAACAUGAAUGUAACAUACUCACAGGAGCAGGUCAGUUCUUAUGGUCACCGUAAACCGUUCUCAACCAGAACUCAUCGAGUGUAGGAAAUCAGUUCCCCAGAUCUAGAAUCCUCCGGGGAGAAAGAAGUUUUUUAAGAGUAAGUCUAUUUCUUAAAAUGUUAUUUAUCAUUCAAUUCACAUCAAAUAGUAGUCCUUAUUUUUCAUCUUAAUUGUAUCCUGAAGUGGUUUUGUAUGUUACUUGUGAAUGUAAACCUUUUUUGCUGUAAAUAUAUUGAAUUUUACUUCAUAUGCCUUUCUCAAUGUUCAAGUAAAGAGUAUUUGUGUUACAUUUACAUAUAAAUUAUACAAUUUACCUACAUUUAUUUGUUUCUUGUACAUGGGACCAUAAGUUUCUUGCAUUAGAAAAUAUAAACAAAAGAAUACUUUGUAUUCAGUAUAUUUCAUGUGUAAUUGUUAACAGUAUACAUUUUUAUAUAGUUUAUUUAAGCAGUGGGCUUCCAUCAAAAUAUUGACUUGCCAAAGUAGAACACUGAUGAAGUACCGAUAUCUACUUGAAAACAUAUCAAUUCUAAAAAAUGAAAAUUGAAAUAUGGGUUCAAAGAUUGUUUGAUUUCCAAGUUUUAAAAACCUUUUGGCAUUUUUUCUAUAGAACAUGAGGUUAAUGAUUUGAAACAAGGCAAUCAUUUGUGGGCUCACCAUAGACCUGACACCUCUUUGUGGCAUUGGGCUGAAAGCGUUGUGUAUUGGCAUAGCUAUUUUAUAUGAUUUCAUCAGAUAUCAAGUAGUAAUCCAUUGUAUGGUCACCAUGGUGUAGUAAUGUGGUACACGUACAUGUAUUUGCAAUCCUCACCAAAUAGGGACAAUACAUGUGUAGUCUUUACCAGAUCGGUAAUACAAUGCUUCAGAAUUUCAUACAUGCACAUGCGUUAGUCAUUUUCCAACAAACCAUGCAUGUUCCUUAAUUUAAUUAUUUAGAUGAUCUAGGUCAUAUUGCCCUAUAGGCACUGAAUAAUAUAUGACAGUACCGUAUCUAUCUGGUUAUAAGCCCACCCAUACAUAUUGCAGUUCAGUAGAAAUGCUUACAAAUUAUAUUUAUCAUUGUCCUCCCCACCUCCUUACUUUGAGGCAGAGUUUAUAUGUAACACCCCUGGGCAUUUCGGAGGAUAAAUACAGUAUAUAGUCAACGUAUGUUUGUCUAUUGUGGUGAAAUAUUGAACUUGGGGGCUUAAAAUACUAGAAAAAAUAAUCAACUCGGGCCAAGUCUGCUAUUUUUCUAUAAUUUCCUCAUCUUCAUUAUAUAUUCGAUUGUAUUUCCACCAUAUUGAUUAUUUCUUAGACAAUAAUUAUAAGUUUAUCAGUGGUCAUCUAUAAAAUACAAUCUUGGUUGUUUUGAUCUGUAUAUAGUUUCUGUUACUGCCUCUUAGAGAACUGCUGUGUUAUAAUUAUGUGACAGCAUCUAUUCUUUCUACUUUAAUAUAUCUAGUGUUUGAACUUUUUUUGAAAUAAAAUAUUGUGGAAGUUUUUAAUUCACAGUAUCAUGUACUGUAUUCAAAUUUGGGACUUAUGAAUGAUUCUAAACAACCUUGAGAUCAGUGUAUAAAUUUGAAGAAAAACGUCACUUUUACAUCAUAAGAAAAUUAUUGUAUACAUGUCAGUAUUAUGUGUUCAGAUAUAAAUUGCUGUGAAAGCCUUAUGAAAGAAAUAAUAUUGUAUUUGUUCCUUGAUAAUAAAGGAAAUAUUAUUACAUUG